AUGAAAGUUUUAGGUAAGGUAUCAUUAUCUGAUAUUAAGAUAAUGUGUUGCAUUUCUUCGAAAAAUAUCAUCGAUUCCAUUCCACAAGAUUCUCCUUGUACAGGGGUUGCAUGGUUUAGUAGUUAUGAAUGUGUGUAUUAAAAAAUAGUUUAUAUGAACUAAAAUAAUAGAUCAAUUCCUAAUAAUUAAUAAAAAAUAAAAUAAAUGAUAUUAUUGAAAGUACAUCCUAGAAAAAUUUAAAUGUGGGUAAAAAGGUUGUCAAUGAUAUAAUAUAAUAUUAUACCAUAUCAUUAAACUUAUUUUUACAUUAAUUCGUCAACCCCAAAAUAAGGAAGAUACUCGAUGAGAUGAAUACAUUCUGACUAUAAUUAUAUAUUUUAACCGUGCCAUAAGUAUUAACCGUACGUCCAAGAGACAGCAUAUUUUUGGUAAAAAGUUUUCCCAUGAUAUAGUAUAAAAUUAUACUAUAUCAUUAUCCAAGACCGUUUAUCUUAAAAAUAAAUAGCAGAAUUACAUUUUUCUCAUAUUAUUCACUAUUUAACUAUAAGUGUUUUUUAGCCAAACUGAAAUCCAUUGAUUCACUAACGGUAAAUUUAACGAGAAUUUGUAUUUAUAACGACAAAUCUUAUAGUUACUAUUAUGAAAAUUUAAGAACAAAAAAAAUAGAUGAUUUUAUAAACGAUUUAUGCCAAAUGAUAGACGACAAACGCAUUGAUGUAUUAAUAUUUGAUAAUAUGUACUUGGUAAUAAUAAUAAUUACAACUAUGAUUUAGGUACCUAUAAUUUUAAUUAAUUAUGAACAUUAACAAUUUAGCCGUAUGAUCCCAUCGUAUACGAUGACUCGGGAUAUGAAAACGCCAUGCAAACACGCAUUCAUGAAUUAUUUAAGAAAAUACAAAUUAAAAAUCCAAAUACAUUAUAUGGUUUAAUGCUCAGAGCAGUACCAGAUCCAGGUAAUUUUUCUUAUAUAAAAUGAAAAAUUAUCAUUUCUUGUAAUAUAAAGGAAGAAAUAAAGUUACACGAAUUAUCAUAUAAGGAGGAAGUUUGGUCGUCUGUGAGAGUAAUAUAAAGAAAAAAGGGAUCAAUCCCUAUGUCGUCCCAGAUGAAGUAUGGACAAUUUAAGCAAAAUUAUAAAGAUAGGCUGGUUUAGAGUUUUUUAAAAAUUUUAAAAGGGAAGGAAGCUGUAAAAUGAUGUAGAAAUUAUAUAGGAGUAAACUAGAUGAGUCAUAGUAUGAAGAUAUGGGGAAAAUUAUGAGAAAGAGAAUAAAAACAGGACAUCAAUAUCUAAGAUCAUUUUGGUUUUGUUUCAAAGAACUCGACGAUGUAUCCGGUGAUUUGUGUAAGUCAAAUUGUAAAAAAGUACUGAGAGAAGAAAGAAAAAUCUAUAACAAAAAGAGACAAUAAACGACAUGUAAUAUCGGAAUAGGAAACAUUCGACAUGGUUUAUUAUGAUGACAAUAUAUUAUAAAAAAUACUUAACAGGAAAAAUGUAUCUCAAGUACAAAAAAUCUAACUUUCACAUGUAUGUAAGAUAUUACUUAUAGAAUCGUAAUGAAAAUUUUGGCGAGAAAACAGGACAGUGGCACUGCAAUAAAAAAAUAAAAUUUUAUGUAAACCGAUUUUGUUGAUUUUUGGAUAACCUUUUCAAGAAGAAUAAAAAAUACGUUUUCAUUAAAGUUUAAAGUUUAAUUGUAAAAAAAUAAAACAUAAAAGAAUUACGCUGACUUUUUUUUCUCACUUGUUUUAACUCGUGAUAAUGCUCGAACAGUUUCGCUGAAACCAAAAGAAUUUUUUCAAGAACUUGAGACGAAUAAACCAAAAGUUAAUUAGGACACAUUCAGUAAAUCCUUAUUAAGAAGAACUGACACAGUAGAUAGGUGGCUCUUGAAAGUUCAGAGCAAAUGGAACUAUUGGUGAGGAAGUACGUAAGUGGCGUCUCAUAAGCAUUAGGCAUCCCCUGAUAUAGUGGCAGCCGCCCGACUAACCCAAGACAUCGAGUGUGGCGCCUCCGAGUGGUAAACGAUAUAAACGUUUGAUUAUAAGUUUUGCUUUUUCUUGAACAGAGGAACAGUGGUACCUAUUUAGAACUAGUCAUUAUAAUUUAAAUCCUUCAAUUAUUUUAUUGCAAGUAUAAUUAGAUCAUAAAUAUGCAUUUCUGUAUUAAGAAUUGAAAUAUUUUUUGUUUAAAGUUACGAUUACAUGGUCUACUGAAAAUAUAAAAAAUAUUAAAAUGUAUCGUUAAAUGAAAACAUUAUAAUAGCAUAAUAUAUAAUACUUAUUUAUUUUCAGGUUUUAAUUUACCGUAUUUAGAACCGGUAGUUCCAUUUUUUGUUUAUCCGGCAUGUGACGUAGUAAGUUGUUAUUACCAUGACGGACAGUCGGAAAUGCCCUCCCAAGAUCCGGCAGAUCAAGUUGUAAAUAUUCUAUUAAACUUAUUCGCAACAUGAAUUUAUAUUUUUAUGUAAUUUUAAUUAGUAUUUUUUAUUAUUUAAGAAUUGCUCAUCUAUAACAAUACUUCCAUAGGUUAGAAUUUUUAUGUGAUCAUUAGGUUUACAACAAAAAUAAUAAUAAUAUUAAUUUUUAAAUAAUAUCAAUUGCAUCUCCUAUUAUUUAGAACAUAUUAUAUUUAAAAGUAAAUGUCUACAUUCUAUUAUUUCAGGAGGAAUACGUUAAAUCAGUAAUUUCCCAAGUAAAGAGUAGUAAAAUAUACCUAGUUAUACAAAUUGGAGUAUACUCUUUAAAAUCAUAUGAUGACAAAAUCAAUGUAGAUACUUACACAACUGUAAGUGCAUUACUUAUUUCAUUUUUAAAAAAUGCAGCCGCUGUUUUUAGGUGAUUGAAUGUAUACCUGAAAGCAACGCUAAACAUGGGUUACAAAAAAAANUCUUUAAAAAUGUCAUUUUUCGAUUCAAUUCCAGGUUAAUGUAAAAAUUCGUGGAAAAUAGAUAUAAUGCUAAACAAAAUAUGAAGUUAAAAUAAAUUUAAUAUAUUGUCUGUUUCAUUAUUUUACCAUAAUAUGACGGAUAUAUUGUUGACAAAGCAUCAGUGUCAACUGAAUUUCGCUUAGAAUCGUUUUAUUUUGUUAGCAAUGGUAUAUUGUUGCUUACAGGUAUAGAUUACUUAAGGGUUAUAAGUUAUAAUAUAUCAUAAGGUAUAAUAAUUUCUGCACCCAACCCAAUUAUCCUGGGACGUCUUUUUGUUUUCAGUUUUGUUCAGGAAAACCGAGUAAAUAUCGACGAUUCUGCAUAGAUAAUUUAUUAAAUUUCUAUAAAAAAGUAAGAAAAUAUUUUUAAUUAAAACAUUUUGUAAAUUCAAAAUAUUUUUUAUGUGUACAAAAAAAAAUUCAUCGCAAUAUUAUUGUCAAUAAUGUGUGUAGUCUUGAUAAAGAUUUUAUUAAUAUUAAGCUAUAUAGAAGUAUAAAAUUCCCAAUCAAAGAAAAUUCAUUUAAAAUUUUAGUAACCGAGUGGAUCAAAGAAUUUGUUAGCUUUACAAUGAUGUUUUAGAUUCGGAGUUUACCGAACAGUGCACUGGUUUUACAAAGAUAGUUAUUUUUCAUUUUUUUUUAUGUUAACACUUUAACUACCAAAAAUUAUGCACCUUUUGUGAAAAAAAAAAUGCUUUUAAUGUGGUAUUUUAAAGAGGUCGAUUUUUAAAAAUAUAAUUAAAAUUCGAGAUGAUGAGAAAAACUUCAUUAUUCAAGUUAAAUAAGAUUAAGAGAUAAAAAAUAUGGUCGUUAUUGUUUUCCUAAAAAAACACUAACUGUUGUAAUCGUUUUACUAUAUUAUGACAUACAGUGUAAUGUUGACAAAGCAACAAUAUCAAGUGUACUCGUAGAUAUACAUUAAAUUCCCGUCUGCAUCCUACCUUCAAAACUUUCAACCUACAAAUGUGCUUAGACCUAUUUGCGCAAUACGUCCGUCAUUUUUUGGUUUUGAUUUUUAUCUAGAAAUAUGUCACCAAAUUUAAGUUAAGCAUAUUUAUUUCAAGGCGGUUUUUUUAUUUUUCGUGUAGUUCUCAUAAUAAUAUUUAUUAAAAAAACUUGAAAAGAUCAUACAAUGGCCACAUCCCUUAGUAACAGCUAUUUUUUUUUUUUCAUUAUGGCGCAACCAUUUUACUAUUUAAAAUUGUUAAGAUUAUUUUUUUAUUUUUUUUUUCUGUGGACAUCUUUUCCACCAAAUGUAUUUCAACGAUUUUUAAGUGUAGUUCCUUUUCUGAACGGAAAUCAGCGUGGGGAGAUAAUUUGAAGAGACCAUUUUUACCAUGAUAAUAUACCAUGACAUAUUUGUUUUUAAUAUAGUAGCACUAUCGACUGAACUCCGUUUAGAAUCGUUUUUUCAUUUGCAAUGGUUAUUCUUUACUUAAAAAUAUUAAUUAAAAAACUUUAUGUAUUCUUCUAAUGCAACUUUCCACAAACAGUUGUGGCAUCUGUCUUCAUUAUCGUCCUCUUUUUCCUUUUUUUUUUUUCUAGGGAAAAUUAGUCUCGAUACACAAAUUGGCUGGAGCUUUUCUAUACAGUUAUGAUUAUGAUGAUUUUCACUGCGAUUGUGGUUGUGGAUGUUAUGCUGCAUCCGCUGCAAUUACUGCUGGUGUAAAAGGAUCCCCUGAACCUAAAUUGACCAAAUGUACGAACUGGACACUUAGCCGUCAUGAUCGACAUUAAUCCAUAGAGAAAAGUUUCAUGACGAACUCAAUUAUUAUUGACUUACACAAUAUACGUUUAAUUUUUAUGUAAACCAAGUGUAAUUUAUUAAAUAUUCAACAUUUGUAAAAUAAAUAAACAAAUUGAAGUGUAAGAACUAGUUCUAGUUCCAUCAACAAAUAUAUCAGUGUUACCAUAUUAGUACGCCAUAAAUUAUUUCACAAUUUUAAUUACACACAUUGUCCACACACCUCCAAUUCACUGCAUCGAUCAUAUGGGAGCUGCCAUGAUGGUGACCGUGAAAGACAUUUCGAUUGUGUUGUCUCUUAUCUGGAUGCACCCUGCCGAAGCACUUUUUUUUUGCUCGUCUAAAGUUCUUACUACCUACAUCUUUCCAAACCUAUAUUUAUUGUAACAAUUUAUCGAAAGCUACGUAUCCUUAUAAUUUCUCCUUAUAUAUUAAGCAACGAACUUCCUGUGAAUUUUAAACAUUUCGAAGAAAUUGAUUAUUUCUAUAUUCUCGUAGUAGAACAUUAAGUAAGAAAAUUUGGUAGACGGAAAUAAAUGAAUUAAAAAAUUAUCUCAAGUGGUACGUAGCGGCCGGUCAAAAUUAAACAUCUUUAUAGAAGUAUGUAUAUGUUUAUGUAGCGAUGAUAACUGUAUAUUAAACACACACACACACGUAGGACAAUAUAUACACAUAUUCAUCGACAGACAAACCGCUGUGUAUCCGUUCUACUUUUUACGCACUAAUAAUAUUUGUUCACACAAUUUAUAUUAUAUUUGACAGUUCAUUUCCCACACCACCGUGUAACUGUUCUGCCUAAGCCAGUAAUCUAUUUUACUAUUGCUUUUUAUUCAACUACGUAAGUAUUACACAUUUAUUUUCCAUUUAAAAAAAGGUUUAUUAAUUUUAUUAUAUAUUAUGAAAAUAUAUUUUGUAUGUAUAAGGUGUAUGACAUACACUGUAUGUAUAAUUAAGUUGUACUAAACGGCUUCUUGUUUAAUUUUUUACUAUUAUUUUCUUGCUUCUUUAAUGAAUAAAAUUGAAAAAAUAACUACUAACAAGAUUGUGUUUGCUUUAAAACAACUUGAGGAGUUUCACCUAAAAGAUGAUUUGAAAGAAUAUAAUCGAUAAAUAAUAAUUUUUUUUAGUGCUAGCUAUUACUAAAAAAGAAUCACCUUUUGGAACCUUGUGAAAUAUAUCGAGCUUUAUGGAUGAAAAAAGCCAGGACCAAUAACACUCGCAGAUUUUUGGUACACUAAGUGUUUCUCAGUUUUUAUAAAAUGACCUCGACCAUUGACAGAAAAACACGAAGAUUAUAAUUAAAAAAAUUAAUAAAUCUUUCAGGUCAUAAGAGUUGUCAACCUAACCUUUCCGAGAUCUUGAGUUUAACCAACCGAAUAAAUAUCGAACUGGGGAAGUACUCUCGAGAGGUCAUUUUUCGACUUGCUCCUAUGUUUCAAAUGUACAACAUUUUUUGAAAGGAAAUUUUAUCUAAAAGAUACAUCAAGUAAGUCAUUUUUAGAUUUUCCGAGAUGUUUUCAUAAUAAUAGGAGGAAACAGAGCUAGUAUCAGUAUUAGUACUGAUGAUGGGUACAGCCACUAUUGUAAAUGAGAAGUCAGGAAAUUAUUAUACAUAAAGGAAUGCUGAGAUAAACCCUUGAUAGCGUAAAACGAUUCAGAGCGAAGUUCGUCGAGGUAUAUUUUGAAAUGCCGUAAUUUUUAAGAUAAUCGAAAAAAUAUGGUCUUAAAACGUUUAUGAAAAAAAAAUGAAUGUAUUAUUUAUAUAUAUAUAUGUGCUAUCGCCCGUGUAUCCAGCGCGUACCGGUGCAUUAUCUUAAUCGCUAGUGAUAAUUUUAUCAUUACAUUGAGUCGCUUUCGUACAUCCAUAGUAGUGGGUACGUAUAUUUUCUAUAUGCGGACCAGGCGUUCCGUUAACAUUUUUGCUGAUAUAAGUCGACAUUCGUUCGAUUCGCCAGAUGUAUCCGAGAAUUUAUAUUGUCCGUCAUACACGCGAACGCGUCAACUUCUCCGUUCCGUUGCGUGCUAUUAGUUAAAUCAGAGUGUAAAAUCGCGUAAAUGGUCGUCACCGCCAAAAGUUUGGGUUGGUUGUCAAAGUUGGUAAUGUAGCCGUACGUCCGCGUUCUUUAUCAGCUCGUCACCAUCAUUAUAGAAAAGUCCACUACGGAUGCGAGCGUCGUCAGCCAGUCGCCGACCACGGAUAAUCAUUGGCGAACCUGAUAAGGCCAUUUUCUGAAUAUUAUUUAUCAUUACUCUUAUAAUUAUUAUAUAUUACCAGCGAAUGAAACAUACCUGCCAAUAUCAUAUAUUGUACCAGAAACUGGUAUCUUCUGCUUUUUACGAUUCCGGUUCUGGUACUCAAUUAUUUCAUUAAGAGUUUCUGGUUCCGGUUCUGCUUUUGGAAUAUUAAUUUAGAGUUCUAGUUAAAACCAGUAUUAAACACUUUUGAAAAUGUAUAUAUUUGUAUACAUUCGUUCAUGGUUAGAUAACCUUGAUCAUGUUCCCUACGUAGGGGAAAAAGGCUUGCAGAUGGCGAUUCCGUGCUCACCGUGAGCUAGUUUCCCCUAUACAGGCACAACUUCUCACCUUCAACGGUACCCACGUGCGAAAUAUGUCCACCCAAUUUUUUUUUUUUAAUAUUAUUCUGUUAAAAUAUUCAUUAAGACAUAAAAUACUGGCAUAAAAAUUAUAUGAUUGCUAUUUUUAGACACGGUAAAACAUUCAGAACAUUUUAGCAUAAUAAUUUUGCGAGUUUUUUACUCAAAUUUUGUUUGGUAAUUACUUAGUAGAUAAAUUGUUGGAUGUCACAGAAAUACUAAACAUUUGACAAAAGGUUAAAUUCUAGGGUAAUGAACACUGGUGCAGAUACUUUUAUGGAUAAUUUAAUGUAUAUCUAUAAACAAUGAUAAACCAUUGUUAAUGAAAAAACGAUUCUGAGCGGAGCUCAGUUGAUAGUAAUGUUUCGUCAACAGAAUAUAUGUCAUAUUCUAAUAAAAUAAUUAAAUAAGAUUUAUAUAUUUUCUUUAAUAAUAUUUGUUUAAUAUAGUACCAAUUUCUUCAGUUUUCCUACGUUUUUCCCAUGUAUUAUCACGGUUUUCCGCAUUUGAUAAGAAGACUCGAAAAUCGAAAAAUGACCUUUCUAAAGUACAUUCCUAAUCGAAUUGCCUUUUAGAAAUCUUGCAAUAUAAGUUGGAACGAAAUUGCUGGUAGAAAAAUAGUUUACAAAAAAAGAAAAUGCCGUAAUAUAUUUUUACUAAUACAUACUUUUCCUAUAUUUUCUCUUUUUUCAUCAGUUUUUUCGGUUUUUCAAAAGUGAUGAAUGUUACGGGCGUCGGCUUAUUCCCUUUUAAGUAUCAUGGACAUAUAUCGGAUCAUUUUUAAUGUCUGAGAGGUACUGGGUUCACAAAAAUAAUUAAAUAAUUCAGUUCUUCGUUGUAGAUGUCAUACUCAGAGAAUUGUAAGUAUAUUUCUGGUAAAGUGCUGAAUAAACGAAUCACCCUAUGUUAUAUGAUACUAAAUAAAUCAAAAACAUAUAAUAUAUUUAAAUAAAUUAUGUUAUAUAAAUUUAGAUCAUACUGAUAAAACAAGAAAAUGUUGGUACCAGUGGAUAUAUGACACUUGUAGUAAUCAAUUAUAAUUAUUAACCGAUAAUGUUUUCUUUUUUUUUCAUAAGCACUGUGUAAAUAUUAAAUAUAUGAAUUUGUUCGAACAUCAAAUAUACAUAUUUUAAUUUAAUUAAAACAUUAAAAUAAAUUUUGAUGUGAUUAAUAUUCAUUUUCAGUAGGAUAAUAUACUUCAAAAAAAUUACGGAACACUUUGUUAGCAAUAUUCACAAACACAGGAUCAGAUAUAAUAAUGGAUUCACUUAUUAACAAUAGAAAAUAUCACAUCAAUUCACUUAUAAUUUUGACAAUUUUCGUUGAAAAUUCGAGUACGUAUUUAAUUGAUAUUCUUUUUUUCUAAAAUAUUUUAAUUUUUUAAUCUAAAUAUUUUACUUUUACAAAUUUAAUGAAAGUUUUAGGUAAGGUAUCAUUAUCUGAUAUUAAGAUAAUGUGUUGCAUUUCUUCAAAAAAUAACAUGGAUUCUUUUCCAAAACAUACUCCUUGUACAGCGGUUGCAUGGUAUAGUAGUGAUGAAAGUAUGUAUUGUAAAAGAAUUAUAUGAACUAAAAUAUCAGAUCUAUACCUAUUUCCUAUUAAUUUACAAAAAAUAACAUUAAUGAUAUUAUUAAAUGUCUAUCCGAGAAAAAAUUAAUUUUAUGAUAAUCAUUUGCACAUAAUGUAAUACAAAAUUGUAAUUCGUCAUAACACUCCUCGGUGAGAUGUCUUCAUUCUGACUAUAUACAUUGUAACCAUGCCGUUAAUAAUAACUGUACAUCCAAGAGACAUCGGCAAGGUCCUAAUAUUAAAUAGUAGAAUUAAAUUUUUUUUCUUAUUAUUCACUAUUUAAUUUUAAAUGUUUUUAGCUCAACUGAAAAACAUUGAUGCACUAGCGGAAAAUCUAAAGAGAGUUUAUAUUUAUGACGAUAAAAAUUAUGAUUACUACUUUGAACAUUUAAAAACAAAACAUUUAGACGGUUUAAUAGACGAUUUAUCCCAAAUGAUACACGAUAAACACAUUGAUGUAUUAAUUUUUGAAAAUAUGUAUUUGGUAAUAACAAAAUUAAUUACAAUUGUGACUUAGGUAUACAUUUGGUUAUUUAUGAUAUUAACAAUUUUAGUCGUAUGACCCCUACAUGUACGAUGACUCAGGAUACGAAAACGCCAUGCAAACACGCAUUUAUGAAUUAUUUAAGAAUCUACAGAUUAAAAUACCAAAUACAUUAUGUGGUAUAAUGCUUAGAACGUUACCAGAUCCAGGUAAUGUUUAUUAUGGAAAAUAAAAAAUUAUCAUUUCUUGUAACAUAAAGGAAUUAAUAAAGUUAUACAAAUUAUCAUAAUAUGAGGAGGAACUAUGGUCGUCUAUGAGAGUAAUAUAAAGGAAAAAGGGAUCAAUUCCAAUGGUAUCCUAGAUAAAGUGUGGAAAAUAUUAGCAGAAUUAUAGAGAAUCUGAUUUGGAUUUAUCAAUAAGCUGUUGAUGGAUAGGAACAUUUCAAAAUAGUAAAGAAAGAGGGAAAACUCUUUAUAAAUAGAUAUUUUAAAAGGGAAAAAGCUGUACAAUGAUGUGGAAAUUAUAUAGUAGUAAACUUAAUGAAUCAUAGUAUGAAAAUAUGGGAAAAAUUAUAAGAAAUAAUAUAAAAAUGGGACAACAAUAUCUACGAUUAUUGUGGUUGUGUGUCAAAGAAAUGGAUGGAUCCGUUGUUUUGUUGCAUGUCAAAUUGUAGAAAAGUACAGAAAUAAGAAAAACAACCUAUGUAUACUUUUUAUAAAUUUAAAAAAAUUUUAUGACAGUGUACUAAAAAGGGUUCUAAUAUAGGCGUUAGUAAAAAAAAGGAGUUCCAAAAUUGUAUUUUAGUUUGAUAGAUGAUACGUAUGAUGAUUCAAAUAUUAAUGUAUAAUGUGUGUGGGAAAUUAUGUUUGGGAAACUUAAUCCAUGGCAAAAAAAGGAAAUAAACGACUUGCAAUAUCCUAAUAGGAAAUAUUCGGCAUGGUGUAUUAUAAUGACAAUAUUUUUAUAAAAAAAAAAAAAAAAAAUGUAUCGCAAGUACCAAAAAAAAAUUCUCAUGUAUGUAUGAUGUUAUGGAUAGAAUCGUAAAGAAAUUUUUGAGAAGAAAACAAGACAGUGGAGCUGCAGUAAAAGAAAUAAAAUGCGUUGAGAUUAAUUUUAGAUUUUGAAUAAGGAGUAUAAUAAAUGAUCUGGUUUUUUUUUUCGAGGUAAUCAAUUCACAAUGUACAAUCGGUUUUAAAAAGUUAAUUAUGAUGUACAUUUUUUGGAUAGGCAAAUAAACAAACACUCAAACUUAUUCACACAGUGACUCUGAAGAUGUUAAAUUUCUGCCGAAUAGUAACUAAAUUACUUGAAACAUUUAACGACAUUGUCGGCAUGUCAUACCUCUGUUUUUUAUAUUAUUCGAUUUUUGUUGAUAUUUGGAUUACAUUGGCAAGAAGUAUGAGAAAUAUAUUUUCAUUGAAGUUUGAAAUAUAAUUGUAAAAAAAAAAAAAACACAUAUUAAGCUGACUUUUUUCCCUUAAAAACUCAUGAUAAUGUUCAAAGCGUUUCGGCAAACCAAAACAAAUUUAUCAAGAACUAAGAUGAACACAGCGAAAGUCAAUUUCGACACACUCAGUAAAUCCCUAUUAAAAAAAACCGGCACAGUAGUUAAGUUAGGCGGCACUCGAAAGUUCAGAGCAGAUGGAACUAUUUAUGAGAAAGUACGCAAGAGGCGUCUCAUAAACAUUAGGCAUAUGUAAUGGCCCCCGCCCGGCUAACCCAAAAUAUCGAGUAUGGAGCCUCUGAGUGGCAAACGACCUAACUAUUUAAUCCUAUGUUUUGGUUUUUCUUGAAACAGAUGAAUAUCCAUAUUUAGAACUGCUCAUUGUAAUCUGUCUCAUUCGAUUGUUUUAUUACAAGUAUAAUUAAGUCUUAAAUUUACAUACGAGUAUUACGAUCAACAAAAGAUUACAAAAAAUAUUAUAAUGUAUUGUCUAACGGCAAGAUUAUUUUAGCAUUAUAUAUAGUACUUAUUUAUUUUCAGGUUUCAAUUUACCGUACUUAGAACAGGUAGUACCGUUUUUUGUGUAUCCGGCGUGUGAAUUGGUAGAUUGUGUUUACGAUUCUGAUCAGUCAAAAAUGCCCUCCCAAGAUCCGGCAGAUAAAGUUGUAUAUAAAAUAUUAAACUUGUUUGCAACUUUAAUUUAUAUUUUAUGUAGUUUCAAUUGAUGCAUUUAUUAUUUAAGAAUUUCUUGUCAAUAAAACUACUUGUAGUAGUUUAUUUUUAUACGAGUUUAAGGUAUCUUCAACAAUAAUAUUAGUAAUAUAUUAUUUAAAAAUAAAUAGCAAUUGUAUCUCCUAUUUUUAUAGAACAUGUUUUAUUUAUAAAUAAAAGUUUACAAUCUAUGAUUUCAGGAGGAAUACGUUAAAGCAAUAAUUUCUCAAGUAAAGUGUAGUAAAAUAUAUCUAGUUAUACAAAUUGGAGUAUACUCUUCACGAUCAUCUGAAGAACAUAUCAAAGCAGAUUCUUACACAACUGUAAGUGCAUUAUUUAUUUAAUUUUUAAAAAAUGCAGUCACUGAUUUAGGUAACUGAAUGUAUACCUGUAAGUAACGAUGAAACAUUUAUAACGAAAAAACGAUUCUGAGCGGAAUUCAGCAGAUAUAGAUGCUGUGCAGGCAAUUGAUAUGUCAUAUUAUAAUAUUUACUAUAAAAAAAUAAUUAAAUACGAUUUCUAUAUUUUCUAUCAUAAUAUUUGUUUAAUGUUGUACAGAUAUUCCCGGUUUUUCUAAUUUUUUUCCGGUUUUCCCAUGAUUAAAUCCAGUUUUUUACAAUUUUCUGGAAAUAUCUUGGAAAAAUAAGAAUAAAACCUCUCUAAAAUCACUUCCCAGUCAAAUUUACUUUUAGAAACAUUUAUAUUGUAAUAUCCCAAAUCGAAAAAUCUUCUAUCAAAAGUACAGCAUUAGUUGGAUUAUUUUUAGAAACAUUGCUAUCAUUCUAAAUUGGAGCAAAAUUACUGGUAGAAAUGUUGUGCACAGGAAAAAAAAACGGCCGUAAUAUAUUUUAACUAAUACCUACAUUUCUUGUAUUCUCCGUUCUUCCGUCGUUUUUUUUUGUUUAUCAAGUUUUUGAUGAAAUAACUCCUGAGAAACUCUUUUCGCUCCACUCAGAAUCUAAUAGAUGUUAGAAUAACUUUAAUUUUUAAUGGAAAUAAACUUUUACGUCUGUUAGAAAUUAUAAAAAUAUUUAUAAUAAUAAAGUAUUAAUUUUACUAAUAUGUUUUUUUUUUUUUUUUUUUUUUGGUUUUAAAGGUUUAUUAUCAAUUUAACUUCGUUCAGAAUAGUUUUUUCGUUAGCAAUAAUUGAUCGUUGCUUACAGGUAUACCUUCCUAAUAAUUUAUUAGCUAUAAUUUAUCAUAAGGUAUAACAGUAGCUUCGCCCGACACUUUUAUCCUAGGAUGUCUUUUUGUUUACAGUUUUGUUCAGUCAAACCGAGUAAAUAUCGACGAUUCUGUAUAGAUAAUUUAUCAAAUUUCUACAAAAAAGUAAGAAUAUAUUUUUAUUUAUAACAUUUUGUAAGUUGAAUAUAUUUUCUAUGUGUACACCAAAAGGUCAUCGUAAUAUUAUUGUCAAUAAUAUGUGUAGUCUUGAUAAAGAUUUUAUUAAUAUUGAGCCAAAAAGAUGUGUAAAAUUGCCAAUCGUUAAAAAAACAUUUUAAAUUUUAGAUUCUGAAUGGAUGAAGGAAUGUAUUAGCUUUACAAUGAUAUUUUAGAUUCGGAGUUUAGCGAAUAUAAACUGGUUUUACAAAGAUGUAUAUUUAUCUUUUUUUUUAUGUGAAUAUUUUUACUACCAAAAAUCAUACUCCGAUUAUAAAGUAAAACACCUUAUCUAAAAAGAAAUUUUCUUUCUGUUGUACUUUAGAGCGGUUAUUUUUAAAAUUAUAAUUAUAAUUCAAGAUAAUGAAAAAAUCCCGAUUUUUAGACCAAAAAAUAUUGAAAAAUUAAAAAUAAGGUCGUCAUUAGCAACUGUCUUUAUCUUUAUUUUUAACCUACAAAUGUGUCUGCACCCACGUGCGAAGUACGUCCAUCCAUUUUUGGUUUCGACUUUUCCAAAGAAAUUUUUCACCAAAUUCCAGUGAAACACAUUUAUUAAAAGAAAAUUUUGUUCGGUUAUUACCUGAAAAAGUCGACUUUUUUAUUUUUCGUGUAGUUUUUUAAAUAAUAAUUAUUAAGAAAACUUGGAAAAGAACGUACAAAAAACAGGAAAUUUUAUGAACCAGACAAUAUUGUCGUUAUGCAUUAUUAUCAUUUAUGUUUUUUACUGUAAUUCAGUUAUAAAUAUCCGACGAGUCAUGACAUUUCCACUAAAAACCUAAUUUUAAUAUUAGUAAACAUAAUGAAAUAUUUAAACCUGAUUUUCGAAUUCUUAACAGGGAUUUAAUAUUUCCAAAAUUGUUUUUUAAUUUAAUCUCGCAGUUUUUACUUUGGUGUGUGAUUUUUAUUUUCUCUCUGUAAACAACUUUUCCAAAUGAAAUCUUGUUUCGACUUAUAAAGUGUUGCACAAAUAAUUCUCUGUAGUUGUUGCAUUGAAAAAGUAAUUUUUUGAUUUUCAAAUAGCUAAAAUGACAAAUAUUUACAGAUCUCAAUGGUUUAAAUUAUUGCAAAUUAGGUUUUCUACAAGAAAUAUAUUACUUUAAUCUCAGUAUGAUAAAAUAAUUAAUAUUUUUCUUUUUUAAAUUUAACUAUUGACAAAGAAUGUGUUUUUUCGAUAUCUUAAGUAUUUUUCAUAAUAUAAUGGGGAAAAACCAAAAAGUUCAGGAAAUACAAUUUUUUUUUAAAAUAACCGCAUUUUCAUUAUUUAAAUUUUUACAGGAUAUUUAAGGGGAUUCAUACGUGUAUUCGGGUAUAUAAUGUUAUAUAAUAUAGAAUUAUAAAUAUUUCAACGAACAUCGUAAACAUUACAGCCUUUCAACACAUUUUAAACUGAACUUCAAACCGAAUUGUUUUUGUUAGCAAUGUUUUUCUUGUAAGCUACAAGUAAAAAUUAAAUAAAAUAACUUAAUGUAUCUUAAAUUCCCAACUACCCACAUACAACACUGGCCACACCCCUUGGUAUCCGCUACUUUUUUUUAAUUAUGGCGCAACCAUUUUAUUAUUUAAAAUUAUAUAUAUUUUUUUUUUUUGUGGACAAUUUUAUCCACUAUAUAUAUAUUGUUCUGAUUUUUAAAUUUAGCGUCUUUUCUGAAAAUAAAUCGACUUAGUGAAGUACAUUAAGAGGCCAUUUUUCCGUGAUAUGACAUAUUUUUCGUUGAUAAAGACAUUCAACUGAACUCCGCUCAGAAUCGUUUUUUUCAUUAGCAAUGAUUUAUCAUUACUUACAAAUAUUCAUUAAAACAUUUUAUAUUUGACCAUUGACAAAGAGUGUGUUUUUUGAUAUCUGAAGUUAUUUUCAUAAUAUAAUUGAGAAAAACCAGAAGGACGAAAAAUAAGGUUUUUUUUUCAAAUAAUGGCGAAAUGAUUUCUUAUUUUAAAUUUCUAAGAGAUAUUUAUUAUACCAUAAUAAUUGCUUCAAUGGAUAUUUUUUGUUAAAUUUUUAAUCGAGUAAUACCGAAUAACAAAUAUAAAGAACAAUACAAAUUUCUGAAAAUAAUUAAUUUAUUAUUUAAAUUAAGCCAAGAGGCUAGAAUAUGCCAUAGGGUUGACAGAUAACAACCUAACUGAUAGCACACAGUCGCAAUUGUAUAAUAAUUUUAGAAAACUAAGUAAAAAUUAAUUAAUUUAAAUGAAAAAUAAAAAUAUACAAAAGGAAUGUCAAAUUAAGAGCAACAAUAUGAUACACAACAUCAAACAAAUGAAACACAACGCGAUAGAAAUGAAUUAAUAACCACAACUCAAACAACGACCAAGCAAAACACUGCGAACGACCGGUGAACACCGUGCAGCCAAACAGAAGAAAAAAAAAGGAAAUAUGGAUGACCAGAAAAAAAAGAGAAAAACUGGCGGCGGCGCAAAUUGAUAGUUACUGCGUAAGGGCAAGUAGUGCAGCUAAGCAGUCCAGAUGACAAUGGGAAAAUUGCGUUGGCGACAAAUUCGAAAACUAUUGAAGUUUCAACAGUGAUUUUAUUUAAAAUAUUUGUAGAGACUUAAAUCGUUUAUAGAAAACUUAUGUAUACUUUUUCUAGACGUGGUAAAACUUUCGUACAUUUAAAUAAUUUUUGAUUUAGUUAUAGACAUAUUCAUUUUGCGAAUUAUUAACGCAAUUUUUAUUGUAAAGUUAUUUGUUAUAAGUACUAAGAGGUAAUUAGAAUAAGAAUAAGAAUUCAAAAAUAAAAUUGAGUGUAAUGUUGUCUUUUUUUUUAAGAGUUUUAAAAUAGAGUACAUUAUGUUAUAUAGAAUAAUAUAUUUAAAUAUUAUACAUAUUUAUAUUUAUAACAACAUACAUAUUAUAGUCUUUCAACACAUUUUUAACCGAAUUUCAAACCGAAUCGUUAUUUUUGUUAGCAAUGGUUUUCUUGUUAGCUACAGGUAUAAAUUAAAAUGGCCACAAUCCUUAGUAUUAACUAUUUUUUUUUUUAACUAAAGCACAAUCAUUUUAUUAUUUAAAAUUGUUAAGAUUAUUUUUUUUAUCUUUUUUUUUUCUGUGGACAACUUUUCCACCAUAUAUAUAACUCCGUUUUUUAAGUGUAGCGCCUUUUCUGAAAGGAAAUCGGCAUGGGGAGGUACUUUAAGAAAGCCAUGUUUACCAUUAUAUGACAUAUUUGUCGUUCAUAUAGUAGCACUAUCGACUAAACUCCGCUCAGAAUCGUUUUUUCUUAAGCAAUAGUUUAUCUUUACUUACAAAUAUUAAUUUAAAAAAAUGUAUGUAUCUUACUAUUACUACUUUCCACAAACAGUUGCGGUAUCCGUCUUCAGUAUCAUCCCCUUUUUCCUUUUUUUUUUUUAGGGUAAAUUAGUCUCAACACACAAAUUGGCUGGAGUUUUUUUAUACACUUAUGAUUUUGAUGAUUAUCACUGUGAUUGUGGUUGUGGAUGUUAUGCUGCAACAACUGCAAUUACUGCUGGUUUAAAAGGAUCUCCUGAACCUGAAUUGACCAAAUGUACGAGCUGGACACUUCGACAUAAAGAUCGACAUUAAUGAAUAAAGAAAAGUCUCAUGAUAAACCUAAUUAUUAUUGACUUAAACAAUAUACGUUUAAUGUUUAUGUAAACUAAGUGUAAUUUAUUAAAUAUUCAAUAUUUGUAAAAUAAAUGAGCAGUAGUAGUAGAUACUAGUACUAGUUCCAUUACCAAACAUAUCAGUUUUGCUACUUAAGUAUGCCAUUAUUUCACAAUUCAUUGCACACUUUGUCCACACACUGACAUGCCACUUAGCCACUGCGGCGAUCAUGUGGGAGCCGCCAGGUUGAGGACCGCGAAAGGCACUAACACGCGAUACGUGUCAAUAUUUUCGGUCGUGUCGUCACUUCUCUGGGUUCACCUAGCGGAACCAUUCUUUUUUUUUCUCAUCUAAAGUUCUUAAUACCUACAUCUUUCUAUACCUAUACUGCAUUUACAGAUAUCAUAGGCGGGCUGCUGUAUUUAGUAGAGUAUUGCCAUUUGGUGACAAUAGUCAAUAAAAUAGUAAUAUGUACAGUUGUAACUUCAUAGUGAUUAUAGAUUAUUUUUAUUUUAACUUUAAUAUACAAAACAGAGAUAAUAAUCAGUAACUUUAAUUAUCAUGAUAUCACAAAAAAAACAACUUUAAAUAAAAAUAAAAAUAGAUUAUCAAAGCAGUCGUUUUUCAUUAGUGAUAUGAGUAAUAUAGCCGAUAAAUUAAGCAUAUGCCAUGAAAUAAAAAACAACAUAAUUUAUCAUUGUAAAACCUGUUGUUGUAAUUUAAAUAUUGGUUCCGGUUCCGGUUAUUUGAAAAUAUUUAAUUCGGGUUCAUUUAGAUUUAGAUUCCUUAGAUUUUAAGUGUUUUUGUGUUCCAGAACCAGUUCAUUUCGGUUCAAUUCAAGUCUCUGUUCCACACAAAAUGCAAAUAAAAUAUAACGGUUUUUUAUCCGAAAUUUGAACGUCUUGAUCGCUCGAGAAAUUCUAGGAAAAUCACCCUGCACACAUCAACUAUGCUCCAUUAACUUCUUUCGAAAAUCUCUCUCGAAGAGCUAGCUCCAAAUUUUAGCAGUUAAUCACUAGCAGUCACAAUUAAAUCGUGACUGCCGUUCAUCGACUCCAGCAUAAAGUAAGGAUAUCUACAGGUAUACACUAUGCAUUGUGGUUUGCACAUUGUUGUAAUCAUUUUACCGCAUUAUAAGUUGUAAACAAAGCAACGCUAUUAAAGUAUCAACUUAACUCCCCUCAGAAUAAUUUGUUCGUUAGCGACGAUUUAUCGUUACUGACAGAUAUAUAUUAAAUUCCCGUCUAUAUCCUAUCCUCCCAACAUUUCACCUACAACAGUACUGCACCCACGUGCGAAAUAUGUCUGCUCGAUUUUUUUUUUUUUUAAUGUUAUUCUGUUAAAAUAUUCAUUGAGACUUAAAAUAAUGACAUCAAACUUAUAUGAUAUAUUUUCACUAGACAAGGUAAAACGUUCAGAACUGCUGAGUAUUUCCUUAGCUGUUUAUAGACAUUUUAAUUUUGCGAGUUGUUUACUUAAAAUUUAUUUGGUAGGUACUUAAUAGACAAAUUGUUGGACAUCACAGAAAUGCUGAACAUUUGACAAAACGUUAAUUAUAAGACGUACUAAGAGACCGAAAAAAAAACGUCCUAGGAUAAUGGGAUAAACAACGAUAAACCAUUGUUAAAGAAAAAACGAUUCUGAGAGGAGUUCAAUUGAUAGUAAUGCUUUGUCAACAAUAUAUAUGUCAUAUUCUAAUAAAUAAUUAAAUAGGCUUUUUAUAUUUUCUUUAAUAAUAUUUGUUUAAUAUAGUACCGUUUUUUCCAGUUUUACUACGUUUGUCCCAGUUUUCCUAUGUUUUAUCCAGUUUUUUCGCAUUUGAUGAGAAAACUUGAGAGAAAAUCUAAAAUGGUCUUUCGAAAGUAUUUCUCUAGUAAAAUUUCCAUUUAGAAAAAUUGUUAUCAAUAUAAAUUAGAGCAAAAUUACUAGUAGAAAAAUAGAACACACAAAAAGAGAUGGCCAACUCAGGUUGUUUCCCUUUAAAUAUUAUAAUAUUAUUAUUAUACGCAACGCAGAAAUAUAAAAAUAUUAAGAAUGUAAAAUAUCUUUUUUUCUGUUAUAAGGAAUAAAUAACAAUUAAAAAGUUUUUUUAUUGUGCAAAUCUAUGAGAUAGGUUUUUUACGAAAAAUCUAAAAGUAUACAAAAUAUAAUUACAAUGACAUUGAAGAGAAAUAAGUGAAAACAAAAUUAUCUAAAUAAUUGUUUUUCAAUAAUUAAAGGUUACAUUAUUAUUAUCUGCAACAUCCGUGGGCUAACUUAAAAAUACAUUAAUUGUUAGUACUAUCAGUUCCGUAAGUUAACAUUGAAAUCAUAGUUAUUAUCUAAGGUUGCGUAGGUAUGUGGCAGCUCGCGAAUGCACAAUAAUAUCAACCGCUAAAAUUAUUUUAAUAACAAAACCCUUGUUUUAACGAUUGUUACCUUAGUUAAAUAAAAAUAAUAACCUUAUAAAUUUAAUUAUACUUUAUAAUGUGAUAAUAUAGUAAGGUUAUUUAUAGAUAGGGGUGGUAAGUUAAAUUAUUUGCAUACGAAAAUAGUGUAUUUUAUGAAAAAAAAAAACUUUAUUCACUAAAUAUUAUUACGGUUGUAACUUGAAAAAUAUAAAAUAUAUAUCUGUGGUUUGGUGAAAAAAGGGCCAAUGACACAUUUUGUGAUUGAUGAGAAAUGGGAUUUGAAAUUUUACAUCCCCGUAAGGCUCUGUGUAUUUUAUGAAACGUAAAAGUUUGUGUAAAUUUUAAUCUUUACAAAAACUUAAAUUAAUUUUAUUUAAUAAUAAAUAAUUGUACCUUUUCUUUUUGUAAUUCUAACUGAUUUUUAAAAAAGAAUUAUAUUGGCGCUUCUGGCAUCAAGCUACAUAUAUAUAUUUAUGUAUUUUAAAACGAGCAAUGGGGAACUUCAGCCCCUUAGCUCCUCUCUAUACGUUCGCUACUCUAAACAAUGGUUUAUUGUUGGUUACAGGUACAAAUUAAAGAAAAAAACUAUGUAUCUUACCUUCACAAAUAGUCACCUAUAACUGUGGCAACAACUACAGCUAUCCCUAGAAUCAACUCUUUUAAAUUCUAAGUAGAGUGAAGAAGCUUAUGGAUUUUCAAAUAUGUUUAUUUUUUUGUCUGUUAAUAACUCUUCUACCAAUACACUUACACAGACUUCUAAGUAUAGCACUUUUUCUGAAAGAAGAGCGACGUGGCGGGGGUUCUUAAAAAAGGUCAUUUUUCGAUUUUCUCAAGAGUUUUCUCAAAAAAUUUAAAAACUUAGACAUUCUUGGAAGUUGUUAGAAUUUGUUAGACAUUAUUUUCCAAAAUAUUCGAAUUUUGGAUUUGUGGUGCCAACUUCACUUACCACCUCACAAGGUCAAAAUUGCCAAAACUGGUCUUAAAAUAUACACAUAUGUUUGUUAGUCGUUCAAAAGUUCAAAAGAAUUUGUUAGAAAGUUUUUUUUGCUUUAUAUUAUUAUUUUUAAUUAGUAAUUACAAAGUAAAACGUAAGAACAUUUUGUAACGAAUCGUCAGACCGGUGGUCGAAUAACAAUGUCUAUACAGUUUGUUGUAUUUACACAAUUAACGUAAUACAUUUUUGUACACUUUAGUGCUUUCCGCAAGCAUUUUAAAUAUCACCCCCUAUUAAACCUAUUUUAGGGGUGAAAUUUGAAAAAAAUUCAUGCAUAGAGAAUCAAAAUCAGUUUCCUCUUUAAUUUAAUCAGCAAAAUACAGUAUUUAAGACAAGGUUUUCAACUUGUUUAUUAUACUUAAUUUAAAUUAAUAAUCGAAGAAUCUAUAUUAAAACGGCGGAACUAAUUAAUCCCCCAACAAUACAAAACAUUGUCAUCUAAUGGUUCGAACAGAGCAUAAUAUGCGGUUGGUUAUGGCCACUUAUCGGGUCGGUUGUUCGUACGUCUGAGAGAUACUGAGUUUACAAAAAUAAUGAAAUAAUUCAGUUCUAAUUUUAAAUGUCAUACUCACAGAAAUUAAUGUUUAUUUCUGGUAAAAUGCUGGAUAAACGAAGCACCGUAUGUUACAUGAUACUAAACAAAUCAAUAACAUAUAAUAUAUUUAAAUAAAUUAUGUUAUAUAAAUUUAGAUCAUACUGAUAAAACAAGAAAAUGUUGGUACCAGUGGAUAUAUGACACUUGUAGUAAUCAAUUAUAAUUAUUAACCGAUAAUGUUUUCUUUUUUUUUCAUAAGCACUGUGUAAAUAUUAAAUAUAUGAAUUUGUUCGAACAUCAAAUAUACAUAUUUUAAUUUAAUUAAAACAUUAAAAUAAAUUUUGAUGUGAUUAAUAUUCAUUUUCAGUAGGAUAAUAUACUNACUUUGUUAGCAAUAUUCACAAACACAGGAUCAGAUAUAAUAAUGGAUUCACUUAUUGAUAAUAGAAAAUAUCACAUCAAUUUACUUAUUAUUUUGACUAUUUUCGUUGAAAAUUCGAGUACGUAUUUAAUUGAUAUUCUUUUUUUCUAAAAUAUUUUAAUUUUUUAAUCUAAAUAUUUUACUUUUACAAAUUUAAUGAAAGUUUUAGGUAAGGUAUCAUUAUCUGAUAUUAAGAUAAUGUGUUGCAUUUCUUCAAAAAAUAACAUGGAUUCCAUUCCACAAGAUUCUCCUUGUACAGGGAUUGCAUGGUUUAGUAAACAUGAUUGUAUGUAUUAAAAAAAAAAUUAUAUGAAUUAAAAUAUCAGAUCUAUACCUAUUUCUUAAUAAUUUACGAAAAAUAACAUAUAUGAUAUUAUUAAAUGUCCAUCCUAAAUAAAAUUAAUUUUAUGAUAAUCAUUUGCACAUAAUGUAAUACAAAAUAUUAAUUCGUCAUAACACUCCUCGGUGAGAUGUAUUCAUUCUGACUAUAUACAUUGUAACCAUGCCGUUAAUAAUAACUGUACGUCUAAGAGACAUCGGCAAUAUCCUAAUAUUAAAUAGUAGAAUUACAUUUUUUUAUUAUUAUUUACUAUUUAAUUAUAAAAGAUUUUAGCUAAACUGAAAGACAUUGAAGUACUCGCGGAAAAUUUAAAGAGAGUUUAUAUUUAUGACGAUAAAAAUUAUAAUUACUAAUUUGAACAUUUAUAAACAAAACAUUUAAAUGGUUAAGUAGACCUAUUUAUAUUAUUAUUACUAUAAGUAUAUUAUUAAAACCUAUUUCCUAAUAAUUUAUAAAAAAUAACAUAAAUAACAUUAUUAAUAGUACAUCCUGAAAAAUUGAAAUUUUUGGUAAAAAGUUUUCCCAUGAUAAAGUAUAAAAUUAUACUAUAUCGUUAUCUACGACCGUAUGUCCUAAAAAUAAAUAGUAGAAUUACAUUUUUUUUCUUAUUAUUCACUAUUUAAUUUUAAAUGUUUUUAGCUCAACUGAAAAACAUUGAUAUACUAACAGCAAAUCGAACGAGAAUUUAUAUUUAUAACGAUAAAAAAUAUGGUUACUAUUAUGAACAUUUAAAAACAAAAAAAAUAGAUGAUUUAAUAGACGAUUUAUGCCAAAUGAUACACGACAAACGCAUUGAUGUAUUAAUAUUUGAUAAUAUGUAUUUGGUAAUAAUAAUAAUUAGAACUGUGAUUUAGGUACCUAUAAUUUUAAUUAAUUAUGAACAUUAACAAUUUAGCCGUAUGAUCCCAUCGUAUACGAUGACUCGGGAUANCUAACCCAAGACAUCGAGUGUGGCGCCUCCGAGUGGUAAACGAUAUAAACGUUUGAUUAUAAGUUUUGCUUUUUCUUGAACAGAGGAAUAUCAUGUGGCCCAUAUUUAAAACUAGUCAUUGUAAUUUAUCGUAUUUAAUUGUUUUAUUACAAGUAAAAUUAAGUCUUUAAUAUACGUAUGAGUAUUACGAUUGACAAAAAUUACAAAAAAAUUAAUGUAUUGUCUUAAAAAUAGAUUAUUUUAGCAUAAUAUAUAAUACUCAUAUGUUCAGGUUUCAAUUUACCGUAUUUAGAACCGGUAGUACCAUUUUUUGUAUAUCCGGCGUGUGACUUGGUAGAUUGUGAUUACUAUGAUGAUGUGACAGAAAUGCCCUCACAAGAUCCGGCAGAUCAAGUUGUAAAUAUUCCAUUAAACUUAUUCACAACAUGAAUUUAUAUCUUUACGUAAUUUUAAUUAGUAUUUUUUAUUAUUUAAGAAUUGUUUGGCUAUAAAACUACUUGCAGUAAUUUUCAAUUUUUAUACGAGUAUAAGUUAUAUUCAAUAAUACUAUUAAUAAUCCGAGUGUGAUAUAUAAAAAAUAAUAUUAAUUGUACCUCCUAUUAUUUAGAACAUAUUAUAUUUAAAAGUAAACGUCUACAUUCUAUAAUUUCAGGAGGAAUUCGUUAAAGCAAUAGUUUCUAAAGUAAAGAGUAGUAAAAUAUAUCUAGUUAUACAAAUUGGAGUAUACUCUUCAAAAUUAUAUGAUGGCCCUCUCAAUGCAGAUACUUACACAACUGUAAGUCAUUUUUUAUUUAAUUUUAAAAAAAAUGGUGCCACUGUUUUAGAUAAUUGAAUGUAUGCCUGUAAGCAACAAUGAAACAUUGAUUACGAAAAAAAAACGCUUCUGAACUGAGUUCAGUAGAUAGUGAUGUUUUGUAGGCAAUUGAUAUAUCAUAUUAUAGAAAAAUUAUCAAAUUAGGUUUCUAUAUUUUCUAUAAUAAUAUUAUGCUUAAUGCUAUACAAUUUUUCCGGUUUUCCCAUGAUUAAACUUAGUUUUUCACAAUUGCCUAGAAAAGUCUUGUAAAAAUCAAAAUAAUACCUCCCUAAAAUACAUUUCCAAUAAAAUUUACUUUUAGAAACAUUUUUACUAUUAAAUAUCAAAUCGAAAAAUUACCCUCAAAAGUAGCUCAUUAGUCGGAUUUCUUUUUAAAAACAUUUCUAUUAUUUUAAGUUGGAGCGAAAUUGUUGGUAGAAAUAUUGUUCACAGGAAAAAAGAAGGCCGUAAUAUAUUUCAACCAAUACCUAAAUUUUUUAUAUUUUUCCAUUUUUCCACCGUUGUUUUUCGGUUUUCCAAUUUGACGAGAUAACUCCUGAGAAACUCUUCGCUUCACUUAGAAUCUAAUGGAUUUUAAAAUAAUAACUGUCAUUUAUAAAGGAAUAAGCAUUAAUUUUGUAAGAAAUUAUAAAAAUACUUUUAUGUAUAAAUAUUUUAGAUCCUGAGUGUAGUGAUGAAUGUAUUAGUUAUACUAAAAUACAAUUAUAAUUUUUUUUUUUUUUAUUAUUAUGUGUAUAGCAAUUCUACUAAAAAUUUCCCAAGCUUUUUUCAUAAUAUCCGAAAAAAACAAAUAUUAAAUGUUGAAAAACCGAACAUUUACGAAAUGUUAGUAGGUAUUAUUAAAAAAAAUAUUACAGCCUUCUGUUUUCCCGUGAACAACUUUUAUACCAGCAAUUUUGCUUCACUUUAUAAUGAUAGUAAUUUUUCUGAAAGGAAAUAUAGCUGGGAACUUUCUUUAAGGAUGCCAUUUUACGAUCCCAUUCCAGGUUUAUGUAAAAACCAAGGGAAAUAAUGGUAAAAACAAUGGAAAACACAGGACAAACGGGAAAAUAUAUACAGUGUAAAACAAAAUAUAAUAUUAAAGAAAAUUGAAUACAUUGCCUGUUUAAUUAUUUUACCAUAAUAUGACAUAUAUAUUGUUGACAAAGCAGUAUCAACUGAACUUCGCUUAGAAUCGUUUUUUUUUUUUUUGUUAGCAAUGGUUUAUUGUUGCCUACAGGUAUACCUUCCUAAUAAGUUAUUAGCUAUAAUUUAUCACAAGGUAUAACUGUGGCCCGACACUUUUAUCCUAGGAUGUCUUUUUGUUUACAGUUUUGUUCAGUCAAACCGAGUAAAUAUCGACGAUUCUGUAUAGAUUAUUUAUCAAAUUUCUACAAAAAAGUAAGAAUAUAUUUUUAUUUAUAACAUUUUGUAGGUUGAAUAUAUUUUCUAUGUGUACACCAAAAGUUCAUCGCAAUAUUAUUGUCAAUAAUAUGUGUAGUCUUGAUAAAGGUUUUAUUAAUAUUAUAGAAGCGCAAAUCGUUGUAAUCAUUUUAUCAUAUUAUGACAUAUAAUAUAAUAAUGACAAAACAAAUCUAUCAAAUUUACUACACUCAGAAUCAGUUUUUUGCCAGUUAUUGUUUAUCGUUGAUUAUAGAUAUACAAUAAAUUCCCGUCUGCAUCCUACUCUCGAAACUUCCAGACUACAAAUGUGCCUGCACCCACGUGCGGAGUGCGUCCGUCUUUUUUCGGUUUUUAUUUUUAUAUAGAAAUAGAUUACCAAACUCAUGUUUAACAUUUUAUUAAAAAAAAAUUUUGUUUGGUUGUUACUUGAAGAAGUCGAUUUUUCGUGUAGUUUUCUUAAAAAUAAUUAUUAAGAAAAUUUGAAAAAAAACGGGAAACUUAGAAUUAGACAUUAUUAUCAUUAAGCAUUAUUUCCAAUUUUUUUUUUUAUUGUAAUUCGUUUUAAAAUAUUCGCCGAGUCAUGACAUUUCUACUAAAAAUCUUAAUUGAAUAUUUGUAGACAUAAUAAAAUAAUUAAAACGUAGCCUUUUUUAAAAUCAUUACAGGAAUUUAAUAUUUUAAAAAAAAUUUUCAUGUCAUUUUUGGAUUUUUAAAUAGGUAAAAAUACAAAUAAUUACAGAUUUCAAUGUUUUAAAUUGUUCCAAAUUAUGUUUUCUACAAGAAAUAUUACUUUAAUCUCAUUCUGACAAAAUAAUGAUUUUUUUUUCGUUUUUAUACUUACCUUUAGACAGAGAAUAUGGUAUUUGACAUAAAAAGUAUUUUUCAUAAUAUAAUUGGAAAAAAUCAAAACGAAAGAAAAAUAUGAUUUUUUUUCAAAUAACGGCGAAAUGAUUUCUUAUUUUAAAUUUUUACGCGAUAUGUAUUAUACCAUAAUUAUUGCUCUUAUAGAUAUUUGUUAAAUUUUCAAUCAAAUUACAUUAAGUAUGCCAUACGGUUAACGGAAUUCAACCUAACUGAUACCAUACCGUCGCAAUUGUAUAAUGAUUUAAGGAUACUAAGUAAAAAUUAAUUAAAUUCACACACAGAAAUAUUCAAUACGGAAAGGACAUAUAUUGUUUAUUUUUACUCAAACUAUGGCAGAAACCAACUGUAUUAUAUAAAAAAAAAUAACAAAUAUAAAAAUGAUUAUUAUAUUUUUCAUACAUAAUAGCAGUAAAAUACUAAUAAAAAAAAAUUAAUAAUAAUGGUAUAAAUAUGUAUCGCUCUUAGCUCCUAACAGUUGGUAAAUAAACUUAACUGGAUACAUUUACACCUAUCAACAUUUAAUGAAAAUAAAUAAUGGUAGGUAUCACUCACCUGAGAAACCAUAAUUACAGCUUGUUUCACCCAUGCGACAGCACCGAGACCCGUAUAAUAGGUAUAAUAAAAUAAUAAAGAAAACAACAGCUUGAGUCCGAAUGUCACGACUAUCACUACCAAAACCUUUUAAUGAAUUGCGCCCACAAAUAAAACCAACAACUGCAGCAAAAAUCUGCCAAAACUGCAACCACAAGACAACAACAAAAACAACCGAAAUUACUUAAUUCAUCAGGACACAGAACAACUACUAUAGUACUAUGCAACAAUUCAGGCCAUAAAUCGCCUACUCAUGCGAUCCUUUUGAACUAAAAACAAAAUUUUGUGUGAAACUGUAAAAGGAAAACAAUAAUAUAUGUCUAUAAAGAAAUCUGAAUGAACUAAUGUAGAUAUAUUGGACAGAUUAAUAUUCUGCCAAAAACAACUUGGUGACAUUGACCAUGUGGUUUUCUUCAGCACGAAGGCUUAAGUGAAUAGCGAAAAAAAAUGCGAUACACAACACCAAAAAAAUGAAACACAAUGCCAGAGAAAUUAAUUAAAAGCCAAAAUUCGAACAACGACCAAACAAAACACUGCGGACGACCGGACAGCACCGAACAGACAAGCAGAAAAAAAUAAAGAAAAUAUGGAUAACGGAAAAAAAAGAGAAAAACUGGCGAUAGCGCAAAAUGAUAGGGACUGCGAAACAGCAAGUGGUGCAGUCAAGCAGUGAUGGCUAUCCAGAUGAAAAGGAAAAUUGCGACGGCGACGAAUUCGAAACUCUUAAAGUUUCAACAGUGAUUCUGUUUAAAAUAUUUGUAGAGACUUAAAACGUUGACAGAAAACUUAUAAAUACUUUUUCGUGGUGUUGAGCAUCACAGAAAGACCUUAAAAUUGUACAGAACGAUUAUUAUAAGUCAUACUAAGAAGUCAAAAAUAAACUUGAGUGUAAUGUUAUCUUUUAUUUUAAGAGUUUUAAAAUAGAAUAAGUAUGAGUAUACCAGGAUAUUGUGUUACAUAAUAUAGAAUAAUAUAUAUUUUAAGGAAGAUCGUAAAUAUUACAGCCCAACCGAAUCAUUUUUUCGUAAGCAAUAGUUUAUCUUUACUUUCAAAUAUUAAUUAAAGAACUGUAUGCGUCCUAUUGUUACUACGUUCCAUACUCAGUUGCAGAAUCUGUCUACAGUAUCAUUUUCUGUUUUUCUUUUUUUUUUUUUAGGGUAAAUUAGUCUCGACAUACAAAUUAGCUGGAGCUUUUCUAUACACAUAUGAUUUUGAUGAUUAUCACUGUAAAUGUGGUUGUGGAUGUUAUGCUGCAACCACUGCAAUUAAUGCUGGUGUACAAGGUUCUCCUGAGCCUGAAUUGACCAAAUGUGACAAAACCUGGACACUUCGCUAUAAAGAUCGAAAGUAA